AGGUUGAUGGGGAGAAGGGAGAAGUGGGGGGGAAGCUUCCGUUAGCAUCGCAUUCGCCAAUCGGUUGCCAGCAGCUAUCGAUAAUUGCUUUGCGACUGCUCUUCCUCUUCGCUAGACGUGCUUCUUCUCUUGAUGGCACUGCAGACGCAGCAAAAGCAGAUAUGCGAGAAAUAAACAAAAGCUGGCAGCAAAACAAAAGCAAAGCCAAAGCUUCAGCAAUGAGCACGACAAGAGCCGAACGCCAAGAGAAAAAGCUGCUCAGAGCAAAAGCAACAAUCGGCAGGCCGCAGUUCUCAGCAAGCAUUUCGUGCGCGCGGUCGCCUAACGGUUUUUCGCAUUCUCCCCUCCACCUCGUUUCCCUGCUCGUGACCCUGCUUAGGCAUGUCCAGCAAUGGCGGUGGCCUACCAUUUCGCUUUACCGACGAACGGCACAUGAAGUUCGUGGAGCUCUACAGCCGCGAGCCGUGCCUGUGGAACCGUCGACCAUAUCUAUGGGGUGCUCGGAAUGCCGCCUACAAGCGCAUACAGCUCGGCAUUAACGCGGAGACGGAGCCCAAUGAAAACUCGAUAACAUUGCAGGGUGUCAAAAUGAAAAUCAAGAAUAUGCGCACUGGCUAUCAUCAGGAGCUAAAGAAGAUCAGGGCCAAUCCAAAGUACACGCCGAAAAUACCUUGGUUUGCUCCGUUGCACAAGUUUCUGGCACAGUUUCUGGACAAGAAAUCGGAGGAGGAGGUGGUGUUGGUUCCUUCACCGCCCCUAAAGCGUUUGCAGAUCAAAUUGCCGCGCCUGAAGACGAUCAAGCUCCUGCCGCUGGAGGAGUCCGAAGCGAAGCCCGAUAUCAAAAUGGAACUUGAGCCAACCCAACAGGUGCUCAUACCAACCACAGCGCUACCCCUAAUGCCCGCGCUGACCCCACCCCCGCCGCUGCGCCUUAUCACACCGCCCGCUCAACCGCCCUCGCCAGUUCCACCUCAAAUACUCGAGGUCACCUCGCUGCCCACAGUGAACUCCACGUCAGUGGACCGACCGCGGGCGCUGCAAUCAACCGGCGACGAUGAGUUUACAUAUUUCGGUCUAAGCGUUGCGGCCCAACUGCGCAGCAUGCCCCUCUCGAAUGCGAUGAUCAUGCAGUCCAAGAUUCAGUAUAUGCUAUCGAUGGAGCGUCGUAGGAUUGGCGGUGACACGACCGAGGCGAACUUCUUUGCGUAAUUGGGAGCUCAAUGAAUCUUAUAAAAGAUACAGCUUAAUGGUUCCGGUUAACCGGAAGAUAACUGAAGCUAUAAAAGUACUUGAUGCUUUACAGGAAACAACAGAAAAACUAUACGAAUAUCUUUGCUGCUGCUUAUGUGUGAUUUAAGAAAUAUUAUUUAUGAAUUUCCUAAUAAUUGUUGGUUAAGUGUAAUUUUAAAUUAUUUGAGACAAUGUGCAAAUAUCUUUUAAAAAAUAAAUAUCAUGCAGGUUCAUAUUUCAAUUCAAUAGAGAA